CCGCAAAAACCAAUUCAUGCCAUCCUUCGAGAUGAUUCUCUGGCACAUCCUCAACGGCAUCUACAAGCAGUACAACGACGAGGAGACGCUCCAGAUCCCAUCCCCCGUCAAGCCAACAAACUCUCGGGCAAUAUCGACACCUGGGGGGUCCGAAGAAGCCGCGAAUCAGAAGGAUUGGAACUCAUCGGUCAUCCUGGCCCUGGAAGCCUCCUGGGAGUACAUGAAGAAGCUCGCGGCGGAGUUGAAGAAGCGCGACGUGGACUUCAUAGGGAUUGUGCAAGAAAGAAUACUGUUCGCAUUCGGCGAGACUGUCCCAGGAUCACUAUGGGAGAAGAAACCACGCGCGGUCGCUCCAAGUGGAAAAGGUGGUCAAGUUCAAACGGGAAAGACACCACGCGGACCCGUAGCCAUCCUGCGGUUACUACUGAACGAAAGCCGCAGAAGACAAACACAUCCACAGGCAGCACGGACAACGCACGGACAACGACUACGUCUAAAUCAACACCGACAAGUGACCGCCAACGCGGCGAUUCCUCCCCGCGGAACACAGUUCCAAAGGGAAAUCGCUUGCAAAUGCCGACAACUCAAUUGCAGGAAACUCUGGCUCUUCAGGCAGCCGUGGCGAGGACUCCAACAAAUUCCAAGGUGGUAACUCCGCAGGGUCGUCCGAAGACUCUCGCAAACACGGCCACAAAAGCGCCCCUUAAGUCCGCAAUGGCAUCCACCAAGUCUCCAGCAAAUUUUAACAGCACGAAAACCUCCGCAGAGACCCUACCAAGACUCAUAUUGUUGUGUAUGUGUGCUGAGUACCCACAUUCAGAGCACAGUGGAUUUCCCUUUUGGCCUGUUUGAUACAUAUGGAUGCUGUUAUGAAUCGGUGAUCUCUGAGCCGACCCUGUCAUAUCGAGGGCGCAUCUUCUCAUAGAGCUGUAUAGUUUAUAUAUACAAUUCUCACUCAC